GAUGUCUUCUGGUGCGUUAUUUCCAAGCCUGGUGCCUGGCUCUCGGGGCUCGUCCAGCAAGUACCUGGUCGAAUUCCGUGCAGGAAAGAUGUCUUUGAAAGGCAGCACUGUCACCCCAGACAAGAGGAAAGGGCUGGUAUACAUCCAGCAAACCGAUGAUUCUCUCAUUCACUUCUGUUGGAAGGACAGAACUUCUGGGAACGUGGAGGAUGACCUGAUUAUUUUUCCUGAUGACUGUGAGUUCAAGAGGGUGCCUCAGUGUACUACAGGCCGUGUGUAUGUGCUGAAAUUCAAGGCUGGUUCCAAGCGACUUUUCUUCUGGAUGCAGGAGCCCAAGACGGAGAAAGAUGAAGAACACUGCCGGAAGGUGAACGAGUAUCUCAACAACCCUCCGAUGCCCGGAGCUCUGGGUGGCAGCGGAAGUGGAGGCCAUGAGCUCUCCGCCCUAGGAGGUGAAGGUGGCCUGCAAAGCCUCCUGGGAAACAUGAGCCACAACCAGCUCAUGCAGCUGAUCGGACCCACGGGCCUCGGAGGACUCGGUGGGCUCGGUGCUCUGACCGGUCCUGGCCUGGCUAGUCUGCUGGGAAGCGGAGGCCCCCCCACCAGCAGCUCUUCCUCAAGCUCUCGCAGCCAAUCAGCCGCCGUGACGCCAUCUUCCAGUACUUCGUCCACACGGGUAACGCCGGCCGCCACUGCUCCUGCCGCUGCCGCGGCGACCAGCCCCAGUCCCGCCCCAAGCUCAGGAAAUGGAACCAGUACAGCCACCAGCCCAACCCAGCCCAUUCAGCUGAGUGACCUCCAGAACAUCUUGGCGACUAUGAAUGUACCCGCUGGAACUGGAGUUGACCUGUCGAGCGUCCUAACCCCAGAGAUAAUGGCACCCAUUCUGGCGAACACCGAAGUUCAAGAACGGCUGCUGCCUUACCUGCCUUCUGGAGAAUCUCUGCCACAGACAGCGGAGGAGAUCCAGAACACGCUGACCUCGCCACAGUUUCAGCAGGCACUGAGCAUGUUCAGCGCCGCCUUAGCUUCUGGGCAGCUGGGACCCCUCAUGAGUCAGUUUGGCUUGCCAGCCGAGGCAAUAGAUGCAGCAAACAAAGGUGACGUCGAGGCCUUUGCCAAAGCAAUGCAGAACAAUGUCAAGUCUGACCAAACCGAAGGGGACGCAAAGGACAAGAAGGACGAAGAGGAAGACAUGAGUUUAGAUUAGGUUGCGUACUGUCUGUGUCUCAGGGGUACUCCUAGAUAUUAAUUUAAAGUACAAUAAGUAGGAUCGCUAGCUAACCUGAUGUAUUGAAUCUACUAAUAAAGGAUCUCUCUGC